CUUGGCGCCCAGCGCAACCGUCUCAACCAACAGCUCUCGCUUCUUGUCUUCUCCGCCUCGCCGCAGCGCCAAGAAACCAAGAACCCACCUCUCCUCCCCCCCGCACGCCUCUGCUCUCCAUCUUCACCGGUGACAGAUGGAUCAGUUCCAUCAUGGCCACCACGUGCGGCUGCGCAGCCGCGUGCACGGCACGUACCUGCACGCAGACGACGACGGGCAUGGCGUCUUCCUCCGCCAACACCGGGCGUCGAUGAACGCGGCUUGGGCGGUUCACCGGCACCAGAUCCAGAACGAGCAGUACCUGCUCCUCCACAGCGCCGCCUACGGCCGCUACCUCGCCGCCACGGACGUGCCGGCGCCGCGCGACCACCGCGGGCUCCGCGUCGAGCAGCGCAACUACAACCAUCCUGAAGUGGAUGCAAUGGUUUGGCAGGUCAUCCUGUCGGAAUCCGGGGAAGGGGUCUACCUCCGCCACAUCGGCGGCCGCCGCCUCCGCGCCAACGGGAGGUACUGGAACACCGACGCCACCGUCGACUACGUCGACGACCUCGACAACAUCAGCAGGAAGAUGCUCUGGGUCGUAGAGCAAAUCCCCUCCAGGGAGAUCAUACCUCCCCUUCCACGUCCCACUAGGCUUCCCCACCUGACGUUGCGGUCGCGGCUGAUCAUGUACAUUUUGCCGACCGUCUACGGGGCCCUCCUCGCCCGCGGCACGUUCGUGUUCAGGGGGAGGUCCGUGUACCGGCUGAGGAAGGAGCUGGCCAGGCAGCUGGGCGUCAUCGUAAACGUGGAGGACUCCGACCUCUUCAUGUGCCUCCCCACGCAGGAUGGCCGGAUUUUUCCACUCGUCGUCGACCUGCCCCGCAGCGGCCAGACCCUCCACAUCGUCGUCGUCGUCGCCGGAACGCCUGCCCAGGCGGCGCUGCGGUACGCGGAUGUCGAUGCAUAGUAGAGAGAUACCAGAGCCAGGACCCCUAGAAGUCGCCUUCAUGUCCACCUCGUCGGAAGUGUCGCCGCCUUGGACACGAUGACAUCAGAACUCAGUUCCUUUCGUUGAGAUAUGGGUUCAGGAAAACCCAGCAGUUGUUGUGUUUCUGCUAGCUAAACUUGGUUUGUUCUCCUGACAGUAGGAAGCCUAUUUGUGUUGGCAUCACCAUUCCAAACUUCUGAAACUGUUUGAACAAUGAUGCAUUUCUCUUAGGUGCCAACACAGAUUUCGUGGUUCUUGAAGUGAGUUGAGCACUUGACUUUUGUUAUUCUGCUGAAAGUUUCAGCCCAUUAGCAGAAGAUGAAUUUUUAUGUCUUCA